UUUGUUUGUUCCUCCCCCACCCCCAUAGCUUUUGGCUGCUCCUUUCCGUUUAGAUCCUUGUUACAGGCGACUCCAGUGCGACUAACUUCAAAUGAAUAAGCAAAGCAACCUUCUCCUGUUUCUCAUGGUCAACCAUUGACCAAACAAACUUAAUCAAGAUUGAAGUAAUCGAGUAAACAACAGCAACAACACUGAUUCGGCCGUGGAACGUUCCCGGGAGGGAAGCAUUGUGACGUCAGCGCACCUACUAAUCCUCCCAAUUGAGGGGGAGCCUGGAGCCAUGAGGUCAUCGCAGCGGCCAGUGUAGCCAUCCGGGCGGCGGCAGCGGCAGCGGCAGCGGGGGAGGGGAGAGCAGAGAGCGGAGCAGAACGGGCAGCGGGCCCAGGCGAGGCCGACUGGGAGCCUGCCGCCGCGCUCCAGCUGCACUGAGGCGGACGCCGAGCUCCUGCAAGCAUGGAGGAGGCUGAGGCUGAGGCGAAGGAGCUGCAGGUCGGCUCCUGGCUACCCGUGCUGGUGGAGCAGAUGGUGAACGACACGUUGGUGGUCACCUUGAGCUGCGGGGAGAGGCGCUUCACUGGGAUCCUCCUAGACUGCACUAAAAAGUCUGGGUUGUUCUGUCUUCCACCACCUUCGUUGCCAAAGCAAGAGGAACCUCCUGCUGCUGCUUGCACUAACUGGGUUCCUGAAGACAGGCAGCCUGUGAAGGGUGAGACUGAGUCACAGUUUUCUAGUGAAAAACCUCCCAAAGGAAACAGUGAUGAACAGGUUCCUCCUCUUUUGCCACCUCCAUCACCAGGCAAUGUUCCUCCUUACCCUCCCUAUUUUGAGGGAGCUCCGUUUCCUCCUCCCUUAUGGUUAAGACACACAUAUAACCAAUGGGUUCCUCAGCCACCACCAAGGACUAUAAAGAGGACAAAAAGACGGUUGUCACGAAAUAGAGACCCAGGAAGGCUCAUCAUGAGCACUAUUAGACUGAGGCCCAGGCAAGUGCUCUGUGAAAAAUGUAAAAACACUCUGAACCCAGAGGAAGCAAACAAGGCCAGGCAAAAUGCCAAAACAAGGAGAAAGCUAAGCAUUCAGGACAAGGAGCAAAAAAAGCACAGUGAUUCUGAUUAUGUAGAGAAAAGGAAUAAAAGAGAAAGGGAGGAAGACAAAUUUUCUGGGGAAUUAGUGCAUCGAACUCCAGAUAAAAUAUCCUACAGCACGCCACAAGGUAAAGGUGAAGUUGUGAAAAUUCCCUCCGGGAUUCAUGGCUCAGUUAAACCGUUUUGUCCACAGCGGAUAUUGCAGAAUGGAGGGGAGGACCAAGAGGUGAACAGAGACUCUGAACGAUAUCAGGAAACCAAAUGUUUUAUGGAUAAGUCGGCAAGCAGCCAACUUGCUUCCAUUCCAAAACUGAAACUAACUAGGCCUGUGCAUUCCAGUGCAGAUGUUCCACCUCCAAAAAUCAGACUGAAACCUCAUCGAAUAAAUGAUGGUCAGAGUGUUUCCAUUUAUAAAGCAGAACUUAUUGAUGAGAUAAAUGUCCUUCAGAGUAGCAGGGAGUCCAAUCCUGCUGCAUUUUACACUGAUGAAUCUGCAGAUAGAAGUUUAGCAGAGAUGUCUUCAGGGAGUUCAGGUGAAGAUGAUGACUUCAAAAGAUUUCCCCAAGGUAAAGAUGGACAUGAUAACUUGGCUUUUCUUAUGAAUUAUCGUAAAAGGAAGGCAGAUUCUUCUAGUUUAUCAGUGUGUAGCAAUGACAGUCUAGAUGAAUCCAAAUCCUCUAGUUCAGAAGUAACAUCACCAGAAAUGUGUGACUUACCUGGUGAUGAUGCGUCUGUUUCUUCAUCUUCAAAAGAUGAGCGUAAAAUUGUGCCACCAUUAACAGUUAGACUACAUACACAGAGUGUCUCUAAAUGUGUCACUGAAGAUGGAAGAACUGUUUCAGUGGGGGAUAUUGUUUGGGGUAAAAUUCAUGGUUUUCCAUGGUGGCCGGCACGUGUUCUUGACAUAAACCUUAGCCAGAAGGAAAAUGGAGAACCUUCCUGGCGAGAAGCUAAAGUAUCAUGGUUUGGUUCUCCAACAACCUCAUUCUUAUCUGUUUCAAAACUCUCUCCUUUCUCUGAAUCUUUCAAACUGAGAUUUAACCGUAAGAAGAAAGGGAUGUAUCGGAAAGCUAUUACAGAAGCUGCAAAGGCAGUAGAGCAUCUGACCCCAGAAAUAAGAGAUCUCUUAACACAGUUUGAAACAUAACUUUGCCUCCAGUACCAGGUAACAGAAGAUAAGAGCACAGCUGUUCUCCUAGAGUUUCAUGAAGUCUGUAAACAUCCUGACAUGCUCCCCAGGAGAAUCUUGAGGUUGCCAUGCAGAUGACAGCAGGAUGAGUUUCCUUGUCAGAUUGCACUGCUUAUCUGUGAAGGGUGACGGGCACCUGGACUGGAGUUAGGAGACUCUUCUGGUGCGAGGCUGACAGGAAAGUCUUAAGGAUAUCUAACCGAAAACAAGGGAAUUGACAAGUAAAGCAGUGAACUAGGAGAAUAGUGAAUACCACAACUUGGAAUGUAUUUAUUACUUAAAACUAGCUACUCUUGAUAAAAUCCCAAAAAUUA